UCACGGAGGGAAUCCGAAACUGAAAAAAAAUUAAAAUCCAAAUCGAUCCCUCUCCGCACACGCAGCGGAAGUGGAAAAACCCGCUCCAAAUCCUCCCCGAAUUUCAAAUCCGGCCUCGCGAAUUCGCCUCAAACUUGGGCCUCUCCGUCCCGGACCCAAACCUCCGCCUCCCCCUCCCCCCCUCGCCCAUGGCGUUUCACGUCGCGUGCCCCAUCACAUGCCGGAGGGUGUGCGACUGCGAGCUAGGGUUUGGGGCGGCGGGGAGGAAGGGGGGAGGGGGAUGGGCGGAGGCGGCGGCGGCGCUGGAGGGGUUCCUGGCGGAUCCGUGGCUGCUGAGGCCGGCGGCGGGGGAGGAGGAUGGGGUUCGGGUGGGGGCGGGGGCGGAGGAGGUGGCGACGGUGCAGGUGGAGGUGCCGCCGCUGGAGCCGCCCGACGAGGGGGACGACGAGGCGUGCAGGGCGGCCGUGCAGCGCCAGGCGGCCGCCGCGGAGGACUACGCGCGGAGGCUGGAGGGCGGCGCCGGAGCGUAUGGGUCUCAGGAGGAAGGAGACGAGGAGGACUGGGGCCAAGAAGAUCCGGGCAAUGCUGCUGUCAAGGUUAUGUGCCGUUUAUGCUUCUCAGGAGAAAAUGAGGGUAGUACAAAAGCUGCCAAAAUGCUUCCAUGCAAGCUCUGCAACAAAAAGUAUCAUAGAAAUUGUUUGAAAAACUGGGGGGAACAUAGAGAUCUUUUCCAUUGGAGCUCAUGGGUCUGCCCCUCUUGCCGCAGCUGCGAGGUAUGUCGACGACCUGGUGACCCCAACAAGUUAAUGUUCUGUAAAAGGUGUGAUGCUGCAUAUCACUGCUUCUGUCAGCAACCAUCGCACAAGAAUGUUACCCAUGGACCAUACUUAUGUCCAAAACAUACAAGGUGCCACAGUUGUGGAUCUGGUGUACCUGGGAGUGGCCAUAGCACAAGGUGGUUUCUGGGGUACACAUGCUGUGAUGCUUGUGGACGAUUGUUUGUGAAAGGGAACUACUGUCCAGUUUGCUUGAAGGUUUAUAGAGAUUCUGAAGUGAUACCGAUGGUUUGUUGUGAUGUUUGUGAAAAGUGGGUACAUAUUGAAUGUGAUGGCAUCAGCGACGAAAAAUACCAACAGUUUCAAUCUGACCAAAACCUUCAUUAUACAUGUGCAUCAUGCCGUGGCGAAUGCUCCCAGAUCAGAGACGCAGAAGAUGCUGUUAGGGAGCUUUGGAAGAGGCGGGACAUUGUUGAUCAGGACCUUAUGGCUAGUUUAAGGGCAGCUGCUUCAUUGCCUUCUUUGGAAGCUGUCUCACCAUCUUAUCCUAAUUCAGAUGAUGAAAAACUCGGGGCAUACGUAACGAAAAAUGAUGGUAGAAAUACAUUAAAGUUCUCUUUCAAAAGCAACAGUAGUAAGCCUGCAUUAGAUUCAUCUGAACAAGAAAAGAGCACUAUCAAGAGCUCAGGGUCAAAUAAGAAGCAUUCCAAGAAGAAAGGGAAUCAAAAUAAUAAAACAGUUGCCGAUCAGGAUGAGAUAUUUUUGGAGAAAAGGAAUGAAGCUAAAUCACUGGUUAGUUUGGGAGAUCAAUCUGCAGAUGUUACUCAUGAUAGGAGUUCAUUUAAAAAUGAUGCUGAUGCGCAUGUGCUAUCUUCAGCUCACAGUAUAGAGAAGGCUUUGAAAUCCUCAUCUGUCAAAGUUCCAGCACAUAAUGCUGAUAUGAUACCCAAAGUCAAGAUUAAAGGAAGUAAGGUUCCGAGUUUGCAUUUCAAGGAUGUAGGUGAGGAUAGUGCUGCCAAGAGUGACACAGGGAAAGGUACCAAGUUGGUUAUUCAUCUCGGUUCACGACAUAAAACUAGGAGUGGCUCUCCCAAGUCUGAAAUGUCUAAUUCUCAAAAAGAGCAAGAGCUGAGUUCAAUACAUGGAGGAAAAGUUGAUGUGACAAGCCAGUUCAAAAGCUCGAGAAGUGAAAUAAAAGAAAAAAGCGUAAUGAAGUUAGUUAGAGAGACCGGAGUACAACAAAAUAGCCUUUUGGGAGAUCUAGGUGCUACAAAAAAGCAUGCAACCGGAAAAAGAAGCAAUGCUACAGUUUCUGGAAUGGAAAAUGCAAGUGAAAGUGGUACCAGAAGCAGAUCAUUUGGACAUAAACAGUUUGUUAAUCAUAUGACUGAGAACCAGGGGAAUGCUUCAUUUUCUCUGAACAAUUCUCCUGACAGCUUGAAGCCAUCAUUGCUCAAGCUUAAAUUUAAACGUCCAAUUUUUGAGCAGCCAAGCACUCAGUCUUCUCAACCAGAGGAGCCAGGCUCCUGGGCUUCACCACAGGAGGAGUUAAGUGUUGCUAAAGGUCAGAGAUCGAAGAGGAAGAGACCUUCAUUGGACAAGAUUGAUGGUUUGGAAGGUAAGACUCCAGCCUCCAAGAGGCAUGAGCAGAACACAGGAGAUGAAGCAAUGGAUGCAAACUGGAUCCUGCGUAAGUUGGGCAAGGAUGCGAUCGGGAAGAGGAUUGAGGUCCAGCUAGCUUCUGAUGGCAAAUGGCAUCAGGGGGUGGUCUCAAAUGUAAUAAAUGGCACUCUGUGCCUUCAGUUCGAUAAUGGUAGGUCUGAGAAUGUAGAGCUGGGAAAGCGGGCAAUCCGCUUGGUAGCCCAAAGAUCAAAGGGUGGAAAGCGAUGAAACCUUUUGCACCUGACCCCCCAGCUCUUGCUCUCAAUCAACUUCCUGCCACCAGCACAGCAAGCAGGCUUCUCCAGAGGUUCCAUCACCUGAAUUGCCGUGGUCUCUUUUCAUGCGAGGUGUUGAGUUUUUGCUGUCCUUACUGCAGCUGAUUGGAUGAGAGAAACGCAACAUCAUCUGUUGCGCAGUGUCUUGCUAGCCUAGCAUGUAAUAGACUAGUUUUUUUUUUCCCAUUUGGCUUUUUUUUUUUUGUUUGCCCUGCUGCAUGAAGCGCAUUGGCUUCAUUUUGACUUGUGGUAGUGUAGGAACAAACAACCGGGGAAGGCUUUUAGGGCACCCCUGGAUGUAGAAGAAAUGCCAGACGAUGGCCGUGUACAUGUAGUUGCUGAAUGAGGUUUACCCAAAAUUCCCUGUGAUAUGUGGCGUUAUUGCUCAUGAUCUGUUUGUCUGUCUGGGAUACUGGUGCUAUGGUGCAUUUAGGACAUGUUGCACAGGAUGGUGGCAUGCACGGUCACUCUCUUGAUGUGCAUACAUUGUGCUGCAGUAAGUCUCUUGAUGUGCAUCAAGAUUGACUGAUUGAACCACCUGACUACGGAGAUCCAUGGGUACUUAUUGAGCUU